CCAGUUCCCUCCCCUGUCGACCUAAAAACUUGAACUGCGCGAGACGAAUAUUUCCACAGCCACUGCUGUCACUCUAGUCGCGCGGGCAGCAGCACACAGCGAGAUCAGAGUUCACGCCAGUGUGUACUGUAAACAAAGCUAGGAUUGGUUGGGACCGACACAUUUUUCGCUUUUUCUAGUUUGUGUCAGGCUUCGAAAGUUUCCCAGUGAAGUUCAGCUAGGAAUAACUCAAAGAAACAGACUAGCCCGCCAUGUCUAUCGGGGCUAUUAUAGGCGGCGUGCCGUCACUCAAAAAACUUCAAGGAGCAAGUAACGACGACUGGGUGGACAGGCUAAACCAUGUAUGGACAGUCUUUCUUCUGGCUCUGUUCGCCAUUGUGGUCAGCACCGGUCAGUUUGUGGGUGACCCCAUCCACUGCUGGUGCCCCGCAGAGUUCACUGGCGCCUAUGUGGACUACGCCAAGAGCUACUGUUGGAUCAAGAACACGUACUACAUCCCCAUGGACACGCCCAUCCCUGUGGAGCACUCUAACAGGGAGUCAGAGGAGCUGACGUACUACCAGUGGGUGCCACUCAUCCUCCUCUUCAUGGCCUUCAUGUUCAAGUUCCCCAAUAUCCUGUGGCGCCUGUUUAAUGGUGGGUCUGGCAUAAACUUGGACAAAAUAGUGGACAUGGCAGAGAAAACCCAGCUCGGAUCACCCGAUGACCGGGACAAGACCAUUGACCACAUCUCUAAAUAUAUGGACAGAUGGCUGGAGACACACAGGGAGUACCACUGGAACCGACUGGUCAGGGCCAAACAAUUCCUGGCCAAAAUUUGCUGCUUUUUCUGCAACAAGCGUGCCGGAACUUACCUGACAGCAUUUUACCUGUUCAUCAAGGUCGUCUACUCCGCCAAUGUCAUCGCCCAGUUUUUUAUUCUCAACGCCUUCCUCUCUCAGGACUACAACCUCUAUGGUUUCGAGGUUCUAGAGAUGCUCGGCUCCAGUAACAGUGAGUGGAAGGAGUCUACACGCUUCCCCCGUGUCACCCUGUGUGACUUCAAGAUCAGACAGCUACAGAACGUACAGACGUGGACCGUCCAGUGCGUCCUGCCCAUCAACCUGUUCAACGAGAAAAUCUUCAUCGUCAUCUGGUUCUGGCUUGUCUUUGUGGCCACACUGACCUGCAUCAAUCUAGUCAGCUGGUUGUAUCGAGUCAUCUUCAAGAGAAACCGCGCAGGCUACAUCAAAAAAUACUUGAAGAUCAACAACGAAAUCCAGUCAGGUUUUGACAAGAAGCUGUGUCAAAAGUUUGCUGACGAGUACCUUCGAGAUGACGGGGUUUUCGUGAUCCGCGUCAUAGCUAAAAACUCAACCGAUCUUGUGGCCAUGGAUCUUGUGGAUAAACUGUGGAAGCUGUACAAAAACAAGCGGAUGAAGCGUGACGAGGAAGAGCCGCCCGCAUUUGACGCUUCAACUCUUCCAGUCUCAGAUAAAGAAAGAGAAGCGCUGAAUCCAAAAUAGUCCAUGGCUUUUAUACUUUAGAUUUUAAAAGUAGCUUAGCUACAGCUAAAUGUCAUUCUGUGCACAAAAAACGUAGUGGUUUGAUUCAAACAAUUUAGCAAGGCACAAAUCAAUUAGGUUUAAUAUUUAAAGUUGAGACAGCUAGUGCCUGUCUUGUAUCCUGUCUUCAACCUCGGCAUUAUUCUUGCAAUUAGUUUAGUGGGCAUUUCUGUGAGAGAUUUUUUCUAGCUUCAGGGCUGAUCAAUUUUAAACCUAACCUAUCUAGUCUAGGCUAAACCUACAUCUCAGUUGUUUAAUUCUCAGGCAUUAAAUAGACUGGCAUUCAAUUAUAAUUUUAUUAGAGUGACAAUCAAAACACAAUAAACCACCUAUUUAAUGAGUCAGCUGGCUAACUGGUCACUGUUAAUUAAUCACCUAUUAACUGUUUAAUUGGUAACCUGCCUGGUUAAUUAGUCACCUAUUAACUGGCAACUUGGUUGACUGGUCACCUGGUUGAUGUUUAAAAUAAGCCGCUGACCAAUUAGUAAUUAGUUACUUAACUGACCACUAGAACAACUCAAAUUUUGGAUGUCUUGUCCAUGAUUAGUGUAACAAAUAAUUAAUUCAGAUUCUUGUUUUAUCAAGUUUUCAAAUAGCCAAAGGUUGUGACUACAUCAAAUUGCGAUGCUGAAUCAAAACUUGUACAAUCUUCUUCCGAAAACAUGAAAUUUCAUUGUUAAAUCAAAAUUUGUACAGUCCUUUUGCGAUAACAUGAAAUUUCACUGUUAAAGUUAAAUAAAAAGUUGACAAUCUUCCUGAUCCAUAUUUUAUACUGCAGCAUAUAUUACCCAUAGUGCCUUAGUUUUUCAGGUGUUUGAAACUGCUGAACUUUACAUUACCAUUAAUUUAGAACAUAAUACUCUGGUUCACAUUUUGAUGGUGCCUAGCGUCUUCAUUUUAAAAGACAGAAUGUUAAUCAAAUGUUGUAAAGCCUAAGUGACCUUCCCUCUCAUUUGUGUAAAUAUCCAUUGAAUAAUUACAAAAUGUGGUGGACAUUUUUUUUUGUAUAGGUAAAGGGUUUUGUUAUAAGAAAUAAUAUAUUUGUAUGUUGCCUUGCAAAUUUCAAAUGUUAUUUUAUUUUUUUUUUUAAAGUUUUUCUCAUACACAUUCUUGUAACAUUUUUGGUUGUAAAUGUUGUAACAUUUUUUUAUACACCAGUAGCAAUUAUGGUGUCUGUAUAAAUAGAUUUUUUGUCACAUUUUAAAUAUGCAAUAGGGAACAAAAUGCCAUUGUCAUAGAUUUAAUUAAUUGGACAUACUGCUACCAUGGAAUGGACAUAGAGCUGUCAGUCAUUGAAUGGAUGGACAGCGGUCAGCCUUAGACUUGCCUAUGACUGGACACGCAGCUGUCAUUAAAGGGUGCAAUAAAAGAAUUGUAAGAAGACACAAUUUUUUUUUUCUAAAAACUUGUAUUCAGUAUGCCAAGCUGCACUUGUGUAAAACAAUGUCUUCAGCUUGACAGAAAAUUUUUCAAUAUAAAUUGUUAAAAAAAAUUAAAUGUAGAUACAAAAAACGUUUUAAUUUAAAUAUAGGUUAGAACAAUGCUUUAAUUUAAAUAAAGCUUAGAACAAUUUUUUCAUUUAAAGGUUAGAACAAUGUUUUCAUUUAAAGGUUAGAACGUUUUAAUUUUCACUGCCAAUGUCUUGCUACAGAGGAUUAAGAUUUUUUUAGAGAAUUUCUUCUGCACCAUUUUGAGUUCAUUGAUAGUUCUAAGGCAUUAUUUGAGCUUUUGUAUGUAGUUAGUUUAAAAGUUUUAGUGUAAAGUAGUUAAAAAGUUCACUAAUUUUAAGUGUAUAGAACAGAUUUAUCUUAUUACAUUAAUUGUCCUACAAAUUUUGUAACUUUUAAGUGACACUAGAAAAUCCUUACGUUGUAGAUACAAUUUCACAUGUCAAAUACUCCUAUUUAUCAUUUUCUAAUGCAUUUUGAUUAUUUAGUUUUUCAAUUUAGUAAUCAGUUGCUUUUUAAUCAGUCUUUCUGAAGUUGCGAAAGGAGGUAAGAUUUUUUAGUAUAUCAGACAAAAAAAAAAUCAAAAGUUGCGUAGGUCAAGAAUGUAUGUUAUGGUCUAGUGACUUAACAAACUUGGUGUUUAAUAUCUAGUCUCUGUCAAUCACCUGAUCAUCCUCUGUGCGUCUCACUCACCCAUGAAUAAAUUCAUGUAUUUAUUACUCACUCAUCACAUCUACCCACCUGUAAUUUCUGGACAGGCCAGUUAUCUGUUAUCUCUCAUGUUAUUCUGUCAUUCCAAUUUUCAGAAAUUAUGAAUUUUUCCGUCAACAUUUCCCAUACAUUCAAAUACAUUCAAAUUUGUAAUGAGCCAAGUUAAAAAUGUUUCUAAGUAGAGCAACAUUCCACUGAAGUAUUUUUAAAUUGUUAAAAUCCACAAAUAGAACGAAGCUCAACUGUCCUCAUUCCAGAUCCGUGGACCAAUUUUUUACUGUUUUUGUGAACUGUCACAAUCAGGUUUUAAUUUUUGUACCUUUUUAAAAUUUUUAUGAUUUACAAAAUGUAGAUGUAAAACAUAAUUUCUAGGACUGUACUUAAUCCAUUUAUUCAUUGCCUGUUGCUUUUCAUUAUUUAGUUUUAUGAAGUAGAUUGUAAAAAUGCUGAAAAAUAUUUUACAGGGUAAAAUAAUUUUCCCAAAAACUUAGAAUCUGGUUUACUUAUAAAAGAAAAUACAUUCUAAAACAUGUAGAUCUAUACCUGUUUCUUUUUUUAUAAAAUGUAAAAAAAAAUGUUUUGUAGUUUAUCUUUUAUCUAAUUUGAAUUUGUUACUGAUUAAAUAUAAAUCAUUGAUGAUGAACUGUAAUUAGUAAAAACAUUAUAUUGCAUGAAUAUUGUUGACUUCAAAUGUUGGACUGUUUUUGUUGUGUUGGUAAGAAGGUUUUCCAUAUUGUGGAUGUUCAGCUGUGUUUGAGUCUAAUUUGAAAAUGUUUGAAUGAAUUUCACUGGUGUGGCUGACAUUCAUUUGAGAAUAUUUUGUCCCAUGUUUGUCUCUGGAUUUCAUACGUGUGGGCACAAAACAAGUCUAGGCUGUUUUGGUGCUGUUUUUUAUUAAUAAAACAAAUCUUUGUAAACAUGUUCUUUUUUUUUUCUUCAAUUAAAAAGAAAAUUUUGAUUCAAGAUACACUUUUACAAACAUCAUACUUAAAAAAAAUUAUAAAUGCUACUUUGAGAAAUAUAACAUUAAUUGAAUACAAAUUGUUUUAUUUUUGUCCAGUCUAGAUUUAUUUUCUGUUAAUUUAAUUGUGCAACUGGAUUUCCUCAAUACUUUCAUUCCCUAAUGUACAUUGAUUCCAACAUUUUUACAAACUAAAUGUCGUGAGACCUGGUCUAGCAUUACUAAGAGCACAUAACUCUUGAUUACUUUUUAUAUUUUACCUGCAUUACCUAAUCAAAAUGAUUGUGUCUUCAUCUCUGGUCUCAUCAAAAUACAAUCACAGAUAUUUUUAUAUAUUCUUUCAUAUUUGUUUAUUUGUUCAAAUAAAUCAUCUGUCCAAUUAA